AUGAGCCUUUUGGGGGCUCCAACAGUAUUCGUAUGCGGUCAGGCUGCAAAUAAGUUCAUCUACACCUGUGAUGAUAGCAUACUUGCCAAUCAGCAACCAUCGUCUAUAAGAAGGCUUUGCGGCGAGAGGAAUAUCCUAGAAUUGAGUGGCCAUGAGCACAAGCGUGUUAGAGGAGCUCUUGUAUCGAUUUUAAAGCCUGAAGUGUUGAAGCAAUAUGUUGGUAAGAUGGAUGAAGAAGUCAGAAAGCAUUUCAAGAUUCAUUGGCAUGGAAAGAAGAAGGUUUUGGCAAUGCCAUUGAUGAAGACUCUUACCUUCAACGUUAUGAGCUCACUGAUAUUCGGAAUAGAGCAAAGUGCAAAAAGAGAGAUUCUUGUAGAGCUCUUCCAACAACUGCUGAAGGGUGUUCUUUCUGUACCAAUCAAUUUUCCCUUCACAUGCUUCAACCGUAGCCUCCAAGCUAGAGAAAAAAUCAGAACGAUUGUCAUGGAUCUGAUUCAUGAAAAGAGGGCUGCAAUGGAGGAUCAAAUCACCUCUCCUCAACAAGAUCUUAUCACCACACUGCUUAGUCUCAGAAAUGCGGACUUUUCAGCAGCAUUAUCUGAUGAGGAAAUAGUAGAUAAUGCUAUCCUUAUAAUGAUAGCAGGACAUGACACAACUUCCAUCCUCCUCAGUUUCUUGAUCAAUCUUUUAGCCAAUAAUCCAUCUGUUUAUGCCAGCGUUCUUCAAGAACAAGAGGAGAUUGCCAGGAGUAAGGUCUCCGAGGACCUUUUGACAUGGGAUGAUCUCCAAAGAAUGAGAUACACAUGGAGAGUAGCGACGGAGUCUCUAAGGAUGACGCCUCCAGUGUUUUCCUUCUUCAGGAAGGUCCUAAAAGAUUUUGAAUAUGAAGGAUACCUAAUUCCCAAAGGAUGGCAGGUAAUCUGGGCAGCCUGCAUGACACACAUGGACGAGUGUAUCUUCCCAAAUCCAUCAGAUUUUGAUCCGGGACAUUUUGACAAACAGGCACCAGUUCCUCCAUAUAGUUUCGUGGCAUUCGGAGGAGGAGCUAGAAUAUGUCCUGGAUAUGAAUUUACAAGACUUGAAACUCUGAUAACAAUACAUUACCUAGUGAACAGGUUUACAUGGAAGCUAUGUCACCCAAACAUUUCCUUUUCAAGGGAUCCAUUGCCCAUUUUCAAGGAUGGACUGGAGAUAGAAAUUGAGCCAAAGAUCCCUACCAAAGUCAACUGA